AUGAGGAUGAUGGCCGCCGGCGCGGUGCACGGCCUCUUCACGGCCUCCGCGGCCCCGCAGCCGCCGCCGCCCCCGCCGCCGCCGCCGCAGCCCCAGCCUCCCCAGCAGCCGUCGCCGCCGCCACAGCAGCCGCCGCCGCCGCCGCCGCAGCCGCAGCCGCAGCAGCAGCAGCCGCCGCCCCAGGCCCCCCCCAUGGAGCCCGAGGCCCCGGAUUCCCGCAAGAGGCCCCUCGAAACGCCCCCCGAGGUGGUCUGCACCAAGCGCAGCAACACGGGAGAGGAGGGUGAAUACUUCCUGAAGGUGCUGAUCCCUAGCUACGCUGCGGGCUCCAUCAUUGGCAAGGGCGGGCAAACCAUCGUGCAGCUACAGAAGGAGACGGGAGCCACUAUCAAGCUCUCCAAGUCCAAAGACUUCUACCCGGGAACCACAGAGCGAGUAUGCCUGGUUCAGGGCACAGCAGAGGCCUUGAAUGCUGUGCACAGCUUUAUUGCCGAGAAGGUCCGAGAAAUCCCACAAGCGAUGACCAAACCUGAGGUGGUCAACAUCCUUCAACCCCAAACCACAAUGAACCCCGACAGAGCCAAGCAGGCCAAGCUGAUCGUCCCCAACAGCACGGCGGGCCUGAUCAUCGGCAAGGGCGGCGCCACCGUGAAAGCCGUGAUGGAACAGUCGGGGGCCUGGGUGCAGCUGUCCCAGAAGCCGGAGGGCAUCAACCUGCAGGAGCGCGUGGUGACGGUCAGCGGCGAGCCCGAGCAGGUGCACAAGGCCGUGAGCGCCAUCGUGCAGAAGGUACAGGAGGACCCCCAGAGCAGCAGCUGCCUCAACAUCAGCUACGCCAACGUGGCCGGCCCCGUGGCCAACUCCAACCCCACCGGCUCGCCGUAUGCCAGCCCCGCCGACGUGCUGCCAGCCGCGGCCGCUGCCUCGGCGGCCGCCGCCUCCGGCCUGCUGGGCCCCGCGGGGCUGGCCAGCGUGGGCGCCUUCCCCGCCGCCCUGCCCGCCUUCUCGGGCACGGACCUGCUGGCCAUCAGCACCGCCCUUAACACGCUGGCCAGCUACGGCUACAACACCAACUCCCUCGGCCUGGGCCUCAACUCGGCCGCCGCCUCCGGGGUCCUGGCCGCCGUGGCCGCCGGUGCCAACCCCGCCGCGGCCGCCGCUGCCAACCUCCUGGCAUCCUACGCGGGGGAGGCCGGGGCCGGGCCGGCCGGAGGGGCCGCCCCGCCGCCACCCCCGCCACCCGGAGCCUUGGGGUCCUUUGCGUUGGCCGCGGCCGCCAACGGCUACCUUGGGGCCGGGGCGGGCGGUGGGGCGGGCGCAGCGGGUGGCCCGCUGGUGGCCGCCGCCGCGGCCGCAGGGGCGGCCGGGGGCUUCCUGACGGCAGAGAAGCUGGCGGCCGAGAGCGCCAAGGAGCUGGUGGAGAUCGCGGUGCCUGAGAACCUGGUGGGAGCCAUCCUGGGCAAGGGGGGCAAGACGUUGGUGGAGUACCAGGAGCUGACAGGUGCCCGCAUCCAGAUCUCUAAGAAGGGCGAGUUCCUGCCCGGCACGCGGAACCGGCGGGUCACCAUCACGGGCAGCCCCGCGGCCACGCAAGCCGCUCAAUACCUCAUCAGCCAGCGGGUCACCUACGAGCAGGGAGUGAGGGCCUCAAACCCCCAGAAGGUGGGAUGA